AUGGAUUUCGGUUCCCUGGAGACGGUGGUGGCCAACUCGGCCUUCAUUGCCGCCCGGGGCAGCUUCGACGGGAGCAGUGGCCCAUCUUCUCGGGACAGGAAGUACCUGGCCAAGCUCAAGUUGCCCCCACUGUCCAGGUGUGAGGGCCUCCGUGAGAGCCUGGACCUGGCGUUUCCGAGUGUGUGCUCAGAGCAGCCCAUCGGCAAGCGGCUGUUCCAGCAGUUCCUGGGGGCUGACGAGAGGCACGUGCCGGCUCUGGAGCUCUGGAAGGACAUCGAAGACUAUGACACAGCAGAUGAUGACCUCCGGCCACAGAAAGCCCGGGCCAUCCUGGCCGAGUACCUGGAACCCCAGGCCAAGCUCUUCUGCAGCUUCCUGGAUGAGGGGACGGUGGCAAAGGCCCGGGAGGGGCCUGUGACGAGAGGGGAUGGGCUCUUCCAGCCCCUGCUGCAGGCCACCCUUGCGCACCUGAGCCAGGCACCCUUCCAGGAGUACCUGGGCAGUCUGUACUUCCAGAGGUUCCUGCAGUGGAAGUGGCUGGAGGCCCAGCCGACGGGUGAGGACUGGUUCCUGGACUUCAGGGUCCUGGGGAAAGGUGGCUUCGGGGAGGUGUCCGCCUGCCAGAUGAAGGCCACCGGCAAGCUGUAUGCGUGCAAGAAGCUCAACAAGAAGAGACUCAAGAAAAGGAAGGGGUACCAGGGUGCCAUGGUAGAGAAGAAGAUUCUAGCAAAGGUACACAGCAGGUUUAUAGUCUCUCUGGCCUAUGCAUUUGAAACCAAAACUGACCUCUGUCUGGUGAUGACUAUCAUGAAUGGAGGCGACAUAAGGUACCACAUCUACAACGUGAAUGAGCAGAACCCUGGCUUCCAGGAGCCCCGCGCUGUCUUCUACACGGCCCAGAUCGUCAGUGGCCUGGAGCACCUGCAUCAGAGGGGCAUUGUCUACCGAGACCUCAAGCCUGAGAACGUACUUCUAGACGAUGAUGGCAAUAUCCGAAUUUCUGACCUUGGGCUGGCUGUGGAGCUGAAGGACGGGCAGACCAAGACCAAGGGCUAUGCGGGCACCCCAGGUUUCAUGGCCCCCGAGCUGUUGCGGGGCGAGGAGUACGACUUCUCUGUGGACUACUUCGCCCUGGGCGUCACGCUGUAUGAGAUGAUCGCAGCCAGAGGGCCCUUCCGUGCCCGAGGAGAGAAGGUGGAGAACAAGGAGCUGAAGCAGAGGAUCCUCUCUGAGGCGGUCAAGUACUCGGACAAGUUCAGCCAGGCCAGCAAGGACUUCUGCGAGGCGCUGCUGGAGAAGGACCCUGAGAAGCGCCUGGGGUUCAGAGACGGGACAUGUGAUGGGCUCCGUGCCAACCCCCUCUUCAAAGAUAUUAACUGGAGACAGCUGGAGGCUGGGAUGCUGACGCCUCCCUUUGUCCCGGACUCCAGGACGGUCUAUGCCAAGAACAUCCAGGAUGUGGGCACCUUCUCCACCAUCAAGGGCGUGACCUUCGACAAAGCCGAUGCGGAGUUCUUCCAGGAAUUCGCGACUGGCAAUUGCCCCAUUCCCUGGCAGGAGGAGAUGAUCGAGAUGGGCGUGUUCGCAGAGCUGAAUGUGUGGCGCUCUGAUGGGCAGAUGCCCGAUGACAUGAAGGGGGUUGCUGUGGAGGAGGCAGCCUCAGCGUCCAAGUCUGGGAUGUGUCUGGUUUCCUAA